UUGUCGGUGCAUUCGUCCAUUGCAGUUAGCCGAGUAGUGCGGUGUAGUAAUGCUAGUGCAGUUAAUUUAGUUAAAUUUUGGAGUAAAAUUCUUCAAUUGGUGUUGUUAAGAGUAUUUGCACAAUAACAUCUGUUAAUCAAGAAUAUGCCUGCACCAGCUCCACCUGCAGAGAAUGGGGCUCCGAGAUCGGAGCUCCAGGAAUUACAACUUCGAUCACAACAAGUCACCGAUGAGUCUUUGGACAGCACCCGGCGAAUGCUGGCGCUCUGUGAAGAGAGCCACGAGGUGGGGAUGAAAACCCUGGUCAUGCUGGACGAACAGGGCGAGCAAUUGGACCGGAUCGAAGAUGGAAUGGAUCAGAUCAAUACGGACAUGCGUGAGGCAGAAAAGAAUUUAACGGGAAUGGAAAAGUGUUGCGGACUGUGCGUGCUCCCUUGUCAAAAGGGCUCGUCCUUCAAAGAAGACGAGGGCACGUGGAAAGGUAACGAUGACGGUAAGGUUGUCAAUAAUCAACCCCAGCGUAUGAUGGACGACCGCAAUGGCAUGGGGCCGCAGGGUGGAUACAUCGGUCGAAUCACCAACGAUGCCCGAGAGGAAGAGAUGGAAGAGAACAUGGGACAGGUUAAUACCAUGAUCGGAAACUUGAGAAAUAUGGCCAUCGAUAUGGGUUCUGAGCUCGAAAAUCAAAAUCGACAAAUCGAUCGCAUCAAUCUCAAGGGUGAGUCUAAUAAGAUGCGAAUAGAAGUGGCGAACCAGCGCGCCCACAACCUGCUCAAGUAGACACAAAACGCCCCUUCCACCAACCCCCCACCACCGUACAGCACCACACAGUUCUUGGAUCUUGUCGCUUGCGACCUCUACAUUACUUCUUGUCAGCAGUCGCAAGCGAUCAGAUGGUAUAUGUGUUUGUUGCGCAGGGAGAAAGCAACGAGACACGCAUUGCUGUGGCCAAUCAGCGCGCCAACAAACUACUCAAAUCCUAAGCGCCGCCCUCUUGAUGUUGGGGGUGCUAUUAGUCUAAACGAGAAUAGAUGUCUUUUUGUUCUUCGAUUCUCCACCACUACUACUACUACUACUCUCUCAUUGGACGAAGAUUCUCAUCCCCUCCCUCUUCGUUUACCCCCACCCUAUAAUACUCGCCAAUAUAAAGAGGCUGUUUUUCUUGGAGGCGCGAUAGUCGGCCGCAACGAUCGCUUCGGUCAUCAUGUUUAUCAAUGUCUACUACUUGCACUCUGUAUUUUAUAUAAUAUAUGUAUUAAACAUU